AUGAUGUUGAAGAUGAAGAUGUCACGGAGCCGUAUGUUGUUGCACAGAAGCCGACAGUUGCUGUCGAGAGGGCGAAGCGUAAGCACCAUGAUCAUGGUGUCGAGUCUCGGAAGAAAAAACUCCUAUGUCAACGAGCAGAUUAGGGCUCCUUCAGAUGCACUCGGGAAAAACACAGCAGCUGAGAUCCCGACACCUUCAGGACCGAUUGGGAAAGAUCAAGACAACUCUUCACAGAGUCCGGGUCCUUCAUCAACACUUGGGAAAGAUCAAGCGAAAUCAUCACAGAGUCCACGUCCUUCCGCAGCAAAAGGAAGAGGCAAUGCAUCUGGGAGUGUGGAUCCAAUUGCGGUUCGUCGUAGUAGUCGGUCAGUAAGAAAGGUAACAACAACAUGA